AGGAUACUAGAGACGUUUUGAAACGGUUAUCACAUAAACUGCUUCGCUUUACUUCGAGAGACAUGUUUACGUGGGUAUUUAGUACUUUGGUGCUCCUUACUUGGAUAUUACUCAUAUUACACAACGGAAAUGCAACUGAAAAAAAUAUUGAUAAAAUUAUUAAAUUCGAAGAAGUUGAAAAAAGCCCCCUCAAUGAUGAAUCGCUGAUAGAGUGCGUUGUAGACCUUACUCAAAUAACUAUUAUCUUUUCACCAACUAUACUGAUUCUUGAAUCAGAUACUGAUGAUAAAGAUGAUAUAUUUUAUAGUAAAAUUAUCGAGACUUUUGCCAAAAGAGACAUUCCUAUUACAAUACAGGAUAAAGACAAUCACGAUGUGAACCAAACACUUGACGUUUACGACGGCAACGUUAUUGUUAUUGUAAAUUUUGAAAAUAGUGAAGCGCUUUUUGACUUCGAAAUAGAACCUACGGAUAAAAGAGUUAAAUACCUUGUAAUAAUUUCUGAUAUAACAGAAGAUUUGAAAUUACAAGCUUUUGUACAACGAUAUAUUGAUCGUGAUAUAACUUUUAUCAUACCGGAUCCGAAAGAUGAAAAACAUUAUGUAAUUACUUUCCCAAAGACGAUGAAUGAUAAAACCUGUCAACUAAUGGAGAAAUUUGAACCAAAUAUAAUAAACAUCUGUCUUAACGGUACCUUAGACAAGGAAGUUAUUUUCCCUGAAUUAAUUAAAGCGAAUUUCAGAAAUUGUUCGCUCAGAGUGGGCAUGGCUACAAUGUUUCCAUUUUCAAAGAUUCCAAAUGAGCAUGAAUUGAAAAAUUACGACUUGAUCCCUGAAAUUGAGGGCUCAGACGUGGAAAUCAUUAAAAUAAUCGCAAAUUAUUUCAACGCGUCAAUAAUUUGGCAUUAUUUACGCAGAGAACAGCAGAAUCCAUACACUAAUACUGAGUAUACAGAAUUUAUUUUUAAUGGGAGCGUGGACGUGUCAGCUGGUGGGCUGUACAGGAUCUAUGGCGAUCGCGUGUCGUACUCUGGAAUCUAUACAAUGCAAGCUGUGAUUUGGAUCUAUGCCGCCCAUAGGCCUGGCCGUUCUUGGGUCAAUUAAGUACACAAAUUGAACGAAGUAUACUUUUUUUAUAUCUUCUAUUUAUUAUAUUCAAUUACAUCUUAUUUUUUUCGCAAAUACGACAAUGAAAAAUGCUUUUUUAGAGACAUCAUAUUAUACAGCUGGGGUGCGCUUGUGGGGACAUCGUCUUUGCCAGAGCCUAAGUCUUUGAAACAUAAGAUGUUAGAUGUAUUCUAUUUGAUACUAUGUAUUUUUAUGGCAUCUUAUAUGAACAUUCAAUUGGUUAGUUUCUUGACGAUUGAUGGGCCUUCGAUUUCUUUUAAAACCAAUGAGGAUGUUAUAAACUCUGGUCGUAUUCCAUAUUUGAAUCCGAAAAACAAGAACUUUAUACAGGAAAGUAAAUAUUUGGCGUUUGCUAACACGUCGAAGGAUUGCGGUGAUUUUUUUGAUUGCUGCGUCAAGGUGCUUGAAAGUGAUGGUAUGACAGCGAUAUUGGACGAAUAUUUUUACCCCGUGCAAGCGUCUACGGCUGUUAAGGAUGAAGCUAAGGUGCUAAGAGCGACAAACAGGAUAGUUACUAUAUAUCAUGAAAUGUUGGUCAAGAAAGACAGUUUCAUUGUGACGGGGUUCCAAAAAGUUCUGGAGAGAUUAUUUGAAGCUGGCAUUUGUAAUCAUCUUUUUAGCCAAGCUAUUGGCAUAACCGUGGUGGCGAAGGCUAACAGUGCAAAUCAAGUAGCGCUCAGUAAUAGCUAUAGUUGUGUUUCGGGAUGCGCCAUUACUCUUUCGCAAGUUGGCGGAUUGUUUUACUUUUGGGCUUUCGGGUGCGUCUUGUCUGUGACUGCCUUUUUGUUAGAGAUAAUGUGGAAAAGGUAAUCGUGUUCGGUCUGAAUUUCGUAUUGAUUACGUGAUAUUAAGAAAUAAAUUCAUUCUUUAGUAUCGUAACUACUUGUUUCCUUUAUGCUUUUUACAUAAGAAACAUGUCAGUUUUUGUUUAGUAGGAAAUGUACUCUUGUGUUUUCUGCUCUUAUGUUCAUAAUAACGUGUUAUUGUUUUGGCGAAUUUAACCCUGCCUUUUUUCAAUACAACUUCUUAUUAUUUUCAACAAUAA